GAGAGGGGAGAAGACCUGAAACUCCUUCCAACUGUGUUGGUUGGCAACAAAAUAGACCAGGAAAUCUGGCACGAGAUCCUCAAAGAAGAUGUAGAACAAUACCUCAGAGACACUGGGCUGGAUUGGCCGGUAGUCGAGGUGAGUGCGAAAUGGAAUCUACACAUGGACCAGCUCCUCUCAGUCAUGUUUGCCCAAUGGAGACCCACGUACCCCCCUCACCCCUCCCCAAUCAGCCCCACCAACCCCAACAGCAGAAGUGGACUCAGCAUCCCCCCCUCCAUCGCUCUUCACUCCCCCUCCCAUGGCCCGGAGACCAGAGACACGGACGAUGAUUUGAAAUUAUGUCGCACUGUUAGCAUGAAAAACCCAAGUGAACUGAAAGAUGCAUCAAGUUUCAAUAAGCCGCCCAAGAAAAACUCGAAACACAAUAGGGGAUCCGGACCUAUUGAGGCGGACACAGGGGAGAAAAGUAGUGCUGUGAGGUCUCUGAGUAUGUAUGGACGGAGACUAUCUACCAGUCUCUACAGACGCCGAGGUGGGUCCAAGAGUCCCACACCCACAUUGGCGUCGGACUCGGAGGAGUCAUCUCGCUCUGGAAGCCGACAUGCAUCCACCGGGUCUGUCAAGUACUCCGCCGGAUCCGGGACUAUUCCCGCUUCACCCGGAGGCUCAGGCUCAGGAGCGGACAGUUGCAAAGUCAUGUGAAGAUCUGCAACUUAGAUAUACGCAAAAUUCAGAAAAGAAACUUCAAAUAAACCCACGGGAAAGUUGUGGUGCAUCAUUAUUGUUCAUCUCAAUGUUAUCAAUAUCACCAAUACUCUAACCCCGCAACCCCGCAGUAGACAGGGUAUCACAACGGAUUUCAGAAAAGGCUGUUUUUUAAGUUGCCUGCUUUCAUCAAGUUACUGAUAUCAAUGUCAAAACUUUAA